AAAUGAGAACUGAAAGCUUCGUGUUACUGUUAUUCGUAAUUGGAAUUUCAGAAGUUUUCUGCUCCACGCUUCAUUUAAACAAGACAAAUUUCGAAAGGGAUGAGGUCAGUGGUAUUGACAGUAUUGACAUUGGGGCUUUUCUCAAUGAUACUGCUGGUGAUAUGUUAAAACUGUUGCUGGGAAAGUAUCCGAAAUUCAUGGAGAUUACAGCAAAAGUCGUCAACGCAACGACUUUCAAUAAUACUGAAAGUCUUGAUGAAGAAUACUUGUGCAGGCUGAUCAUUUCCCAGUUGAUUGCGACUGAGGAUUCAUGCAGGAAGAUUGCCGCACCACCUAAGUGGUGUGAAGACACUGCCUUGAACGUAACAGCAAAAUCAAUUAACGGAUCUUCUCUUCAACAGCUGUGUAGCAAUGUUAGCACCAAUGCAACGACAUCGACGACUUCCAGACCAUUAACAACAACAGCAACCACAACAACACUACCAACAACAAAAAUAGCAACAACAACUAAAAUUACACCAACAUUGAUAAACAUUACAGAUUUUACCGGCAUACCACCAAUUCCUGUAAUAGAACUAGAACUAGAAAGGCCAGGUGGGGGACAAGGCCUAGGUGGGGGACAAGGCCUAGGUGGGGGACAAGGCCUAGGUGGGGUAGGAGGGCAAGGUGGCGGAGGAGGGUUAGGAUCAUCAGGACCAAUGCCCCCACCUUUACCUGAGGUAGUGCUAGAAAAGGGCACUGAUGUCGCAAGCACAUACUUUUUUGCUGCAAUACAAGUGAUUGCCAGGACCACGAUCAAUGUUUUCGAAAAGCAGAAAGUUAAUGCAGUGAAAACAAACGGCACUACAACAAACAACUUGACAACUAUUGUCUAUACAGUGUCACGCGUUGGGUCUGAUAAUAGAAAAUAUUCAAUUCUCUCGGAUUGCGGAAACAGUUUAAGUCUUGUUGGCAUCAUCCUUCUCCUGCUAGAAUAUGGUCUAUGUAAGCAGAGGCUCUCUCUUUUUGAAAGAAAUAUUGUAUCUCUGUGUUGCACACUAUUUGUAUCUCAUGGACUACAGUUACUGCUGACACAUCUUAAUGACGUCAGAUACUUUUGCAAAGCAGGCGGAGUUUUGCUUCAUUGGGCUCUGAUGGCUAGUUUUAUGUGGAUGUUAACUAUUUCCUAUGACAUUUUCAAAACUUUCAGAGGAAUGCAUCAUGUUGGCAGCGACAGAAGCAGUAGACGGUUUAAGAAAUACGUCAUUUUCGUCGCUAUGUCUGCUACAACUAUUGUUUUGCUUUGUGUCUUCCUAGGGAUACCAAAAGAAGACUUUUCAGGCUACGGUUACCAGGGGAAGUGCUUUGUUGCAAAAUUUUGGGCCAACCUAUUUGCUUUUAUUGUCCCUGUCGCUCUUGUAUUAUUGACAAACACCAUGCUUAUGAUUUCAACACUUGUAAAACUUCGUUCACUGCAGAAGAAGAGCAAAAAGAUGUUUACGACUGACCACAGCAAGAAUGUUUCUUCAAGGAGAAAGGUUGUCAUCAGCGUUCUUAUGCUCAAGCUAUCCAUCCUGUUUGGUUUGGGCUGGCUUUUCGGAUUUAUAGCCAACGCAAUCAGUUCAAAUGUACUGAUGUUCUUGUUCGUAGCAAUGGCCUCACUGCAAGGUUUCUUAGUCUUUCUUUGUUUUGGUUGCCAUAAAGAUUUUUAUUCCAAAUUUUGCCAACGACAGCAGGCACAUGAGGUCCAUGUCCCUUUAACAACGAAAUCACAACAAGGAACUGUAACUGAGACAUCAGAGGUCCCCUGAUUUUGCUUGCAUUAUCAACCUCCAGAGAUGCUUUGUAUAAGGACAGUGCAGGAAUGCAUGUACAGUAGACGGAACAUGGACAUAAUUCGUCUUUAUCUUUGCUGUAUACUUGUAUCCCUUACUAUCCAACUAAGCUGCUUGUAUAACGUAUUUUCACUAUACCCUAAGGAUAUCUUUAAUGCUUUAAAUAUGAUUUUGUUUUGUAUCGCGACUUUUUAUCUUUUGUCAAAGAUGGAAGACCCUACUCCUGCACCUUUACUUCUCUUGCUUGAUCGCUUAGUUCAAUACUGUCGAUACACUUUCAACUAUGCAUAAAAACGAAACGUUUUAAUGGGGUAUAUAAAGUACAGUUUAAUUUUUUAAAAAUGAAAUACGGUAUACCUGAAGUAUUUUGUUACCGGGGAAAGUAAAAUUUGACUAGAAAUUCUAGUUUUGAAAAAUUUGACUCUCGAUUGAAACAAAUAACUUUAAAAACAAUAAGUCUUCUAAAAAAUUUGCAAAACAUCCACAUAGAUCUCGAGCUAUGAAAAGACAACGAGGGUGUUCCAUUGCCAGAUUUUUCCCUUAGCGCUGCGCUCUAGCCAAGCCUUUUAAAAAAGAUGGACAGGAGGAAACCUUUUUGCAUUGAAUUGAUUAUAAGAGAUUGAACAUUUCAUCUCCAUCUUUGGUAAGGCCAACAAAAACUUAAACUUCUUGGAUGUAUAAUCUAAAACUACAAUAAACUACAUACACUGCACAUCCCUGGAACAGCAAUAAGAAUAAUUAAUUUCUGUAUAGAAGGCCCCAGGUGCUUCAUCAAAAAUUAAAGUUAACAGUAAAGGCGACUUGUUGCGUUCGACAAUAAGAGGAGGAAACCCACGUGGAAGGUUGGAUUCCACGCCAUUCCAUGCAGAUCAGCAGGGUUGCUUAGCAGCGGAUAUCACAUGUUCAAAAAAUAAAACCCAGUACUUCUCCCAAUGCCAAGUAUCUAAUUGCCAAAAGUUAGGCCUGAAGUCGUUGUUAUGAAAAGUAAAUUCAUUCUCGCUUUUCUGCUGUCUGCGCUUGCAUUGAAUAAAGAAAUCAGUGGAAAGCCGGUGGGGCUUUGUCCAGGUAAACGGUAUGGCGACUUAAUGACUGGGCAGCAUGAUCAUGGCGAUCAUGAACAUGAAGAGGGAAGCGAGGAACAAAAUGAGGACACAAGCGUGUCGAUGAAUGACGAUGAAUUGAACCUGGCCAUAGAAAAGACAAU